CACCUAGAUUACUCGAGUGCGAGCAUCUCUCAGGAACAAACACAGGAAAAUAUGGAGGUGAAUAUGUUGCUCCAUGUGGGGUUUUCCUAAGAAUGAAAUAAGCACACCCACAACUCCUUCGUCUUGAACUUUGAAGCACUCCCUCCGCAGAAACACACAUAUACACGAACACACACGCCUAGUCAGUCAGUUGUACUUAACAGCCGAUGCGUUCGCACCUUGAGUGAGAGAGAAGGAGAGGAAGCAGUCUGUUUGCCUUUCCUCUGGAAUAUCUACUGGACGGAUCAAUUUGAGAUACGUGACUGCUUAAGAUUUACAACUUAGUUCUUCAGAAAGAAGAAACCAUGUUGGGAAUUCUUGCUUUAACCACAGAACAAAAUGACAUGGCAGGAAGGCCUGAAUUGAAUUCUUUAACUGGUAAUGACUCAGGCUUCCUGGACUCUGAGUUUCGUUAUCAACUCUUCCCAGCCGCCUAUGGCAUCAUCUUCAUCCUGGGUCUCUUCGCUAACCUCUACGUGCUGUUUGUCCUGUGCUGCCUGCGUGAAGCCAAGGCCAUGGGUGAAAUCCGCAUCUACAUGACCAACUUGACCGUCGCUGAUCUCCUGUUUGUGUGUGCACUUCCAUUCUGGAUUGGCUAUUAUAGUAACCACGGUAACUGGGUCUUCGAAGACUUCAUGUGCCGGCUGACUGGCUCGUUGUUCUUCAUCAACACCUACUGCUCCGUCCUCUUCCUUUCAGCCAUUAGCGUCAACAGAUACUGGGCAGUCACCAAGCCUCUGGACGCAGCCUCUUCGGACCACAGGCGCCGUGGGAUCAUCGUGUCCGUUGUCAUCUGGGCAGUGACCAUAGCAAUGGCUAUUCCAUAUCUGGUUUUACCGGGGACCAACAAAGAUGGGAAUGUCACUCGCUGUUUUGAGGGGUACCAGAAUCAAACUGAUUGUCAGAAGAAAAUAGUGGCUGCCACUCAUUUCGCAAUAAUUGGAGGGUUUUUAGUAGUUUUUUUUCUUGUCGUAGUGUGCAAUCUCCUUAUCGCCCGAGCCUUACUUUCUCAAAAGGCUCCUCAGUCAGAAAUGGGGUCUGAAAACAUUCAAUCCAGAAAGUCCCACAGGACCGUAUCAUUCUUGUCUAAAAAACCCAGGGGUUUGAAACGGAAGGCUCUGCAGAUGUUGGUGGCAGUUGUGGGGGUGUUUGUUCUCUGCUUCCUGCCUCACCAUAUCAUUCAAGGCUUCUGGACACUGGCAGUGUUGCAGAUCAGAAAGGGCUGGGGUCAUGUGGACUGGGACCAGAACACUCUGCAGAUGCUCAAUGAUGCACAUCAGAUCACCCUGGUUCUUAUGGGCCUCAACUGCAUUUUGGAUCCUGUGGUUUAUUAUUUUUCCACAAGGAAGUUUAGGAUGUUCAUCAUGGCUCACAUGAAAAAGCUCACAAGAUACAGGUGCUCACACACGGUCACGUCACAGAUCUCCAUGGACAGCAGGAAUCAGAGCCAGAGACUACAGAACGAGCACCAAGGGCCUGAGUUGGAUUAAUUCAAACAGAUUUAUAUACAUAUGUAUAUAUCUGUUACUUGUGUGUGAAAUAAUUUAUCCCUCAUGUUGCCACUGAUUGAAGAUGACAGGACAUGUAUAUUUCAUUUUAGUGUUGAUGUCAUUUAGCGCCAGUGUAUCUACACCCUCUUUUAAGAAAGUUGUCUCACGCACUGUCUUGAUGCUUAAACUCUGCUUACUGUUGGAGCUACAGUUUGAGUUGCACCCAUCCCUCUGCUCUUCCUGUGUGAAGUACAGGAAGAAAAGCAGAAGUUUUGAAAACUGAUGUACAUAAGCAAAACAUUUAUGACUGAAAAUUCUGCAGAAGGACACUUUAUCAGUUUGUGAAAUUAACUGAUGCAACAUGAAACAAUUGUGAAAUUAAGCGUAAUACACAUAUAUACACCUAGUCACCUCUUUUUGGGUGUUCAGGGUAUAGAUUACACACCCUUCCCCUUGGUGGGUGUCCCUGACAUUAUAUCAGUAACAUGUGAUAAUGACAGAGCUGUCUCCCAUCAGAGAAAUUAAGUUUUUUUUAUAUCUGCUAUUGUAAAACCAGGGAACAGAAGUAAUGAUGCUUGAGCUAUGUUUCCCCUCUGGCAUCUGAUAUUGUGAUAUUAAUGGUGAUAAAAAUGAGUCACUGUGACAAAAAAGCCAAUGCUUAUUUUCAUUUAGCUAUCUAAUACUGUAUUUUGAAUAUACUUUGAGAUUAAUUGCUUUUGCAAAACAGGUUUAUGUUUAUGUGUCUUUUUAAUUCAGUUGAACAGCUUUGUUUAUAUUGCUUUGUGCUUUAAAGUGUAAUUUUAUUUAGCAUUAGUUUCUCUUACUCUUUUUUUUAAACAUAUUUUUUGUGUUUAAUUUGUCAUACAGUGAUGGUUAAAGACAAUUAAAAAGUCAGUUUUUGACAUGUUGACAGGCAUUUAUCUACCCAUCUGUGUGCACAGUACACACAUACCAUCAAUGAGACAAAGAAACUUAUAGCAAAGCAUAGGUUUUAUUAAACACAGAGAAGGAAGGGCUUUUUACUGUUUGGUGGGGACAACAUAAUGAACAAAAAACUGCAGAUCUGUAGGUUGUACUACAUUAGAUAUCUUAGCAGUGAAAUGAGAUUAAAACAAGUAUAGCUCACACAUUUAGGUAAUCUACACACUAUCAAGAUAUAUAUAGCAAACCUCAUUUAGCAAGUCAUGCUACUAUCUGUAUGAUCUUUUUGUCAUCUUUCCUCUUUCUGUUGCACAUUUCCACCUUGUCACAGAUGCUCAUGACAGACUUGCAUACACAUUGUCCCCAGUCAUUUUGGCAGGGUUCAGAUCAGAGUAAGCUUGGUUGGUGUUCACGUAAUUCAUGUACACGUCUCUGUCAGUCUGUGGCAAACAUCCUCUGGUAUGCAAAAAAAAUGUGGAUGUUAAUAUAUACAGCCUUCUAAUUCAACUGUCUCACAAUGUGUCAACAAAAUGCUAACCUAAUUAAAGCUGCAAG